AUGCCCUCGCGAGGACCACCGACCGCUUCGGCGAGUGCUUUGGCGCGCGCCAACGCCAAACAGGCCUCGAUCGAUGCCACCUCGGCCUUAAACCGAUCCCGAUCCGCCACUUCGAACAAACCGAGGCUGUUCAACAGGUCAGUUACACGGCUGGAGCAAUUGCAGCCCACGGCGCUCGUCGUGUAGUGCGCUGCGCAGCAGUGGCUGACGGCCACCGUGUUCUGCUCUGGUCCCCCCUGUGGUCCAUGAUCACUCUCUCCGUUGCCGUUGCGCCAGGGGUUACGAUCAAGAGGAUGACCCCGAUCGACUGUACUACUCCAAGGGCUUGGGCAAACUCGACAGUGAUGACGAAUCCGGGGAUGACGACUCGGUCGGAAUGGGCGAAUCCUACUACAGCACUGGAGACGAGGACGAGGAUGUGAGUCUCGCGAUCGAAGACUCGGGCAAGGACCCCACUUCCCCACGCCAUGCCGUAUUUGUGCGCUGACACCCGCCUUGGUCCCCACUGUCCGCCACAAGCCACACGUGAACGACCAUGACGACUAUGAUGACGAGCAUCCGCACCUCAGUCGGCCACACCCCACACCCUUCCCCUCCUACGUGCGACCGGCCAAGUCAUUCGAUCUGACCCCGGCGAAUCACGUCGAUGGCGACUCAUUUCACGGCGUAACCGGGAACCACGACGGUGUAUAUCACCCGAGCGAGAACGAUGGUGGAGACGAUGGCAAAGAAGAGGGUGGACCCGAGGUAGACGCCAGGUUCGAGUGGCAACAUAUGCUCGCCAAUGUGCUUCAGGGCGACGUGCUGAAGAGCGAAAAGACUCGGCUCUCGACCGCAUCCCUUUCGACCACAACCCAUCUCACCAACAACCUCGUUUCCUUCUCCGGCACGGGUACACGCACAGGCAAGCGGCAGCAGGCCUAUGCGAUCUGGCUGUUGAUUCGGGCCAAGAUCAGGGGCAGAAGUCCGGAGGAGGAAUCGCGGUACCUCGAAGAGGCGAGGGCGAAGGUCGACGAGGUGAUCGACGAGGUGCUCAGAUUCAGGGUCGUCGAUCUCAAGCCAGCACCAAACGCCCCGCCCAUCUCGGAAGAAGCCCGGCUACAGAAUGCCGCCGAUCAGGUCGCCGGUGUGCUGAGGCGCGUCGAUUGGUGCGAAGGCCUGUACCCGUCUCGUAAAGCGCUGGCUUUGGAAAAGGAUCGCGUCUCGACUUCAGAAGUCGUCCGACGGACCGAUGCGUUGCGUACGUGGCAAAAGAUCACGAAGCGACUCAAAGUGAGGUGCGGGAUUCUCAAAGUCUGGACCGGUACCGAAUGGGACAAGCUUUCGGAUCCGGCGUGGAAGGCGAAUCCCAACGAGCCGACGCCCGCCGUUGGCGAUGGACGAGGCUUCGUCGCCAACAUCCUGCGCGAGGACGCUCUACAGGAAACGUUCAAGAAACGAUUGCUGUCGGAUGUCUAUUCUCUCGUCUUGACCGCCAAGGAGGCCAUGACGGAUCUGUCGGCCGAUUUCCAAGCGAUGAAUCUGCCCGGUUUCGCCGCCGAUCUGCAUCGGCUGGCGAUCUUCCCGUCCCGACUCGCCCAAGAGGCUCUACGUAGUAUUCUCGAAUCCGUCGCCAAGAUUGACGACCCAUCGGUCGUGUUGAUUGACCAGCUGACGAACGAUCUCCGCAAGGGACUCUCGUCCGCGUGCGAGGUCAAGAAGCAGUACCUCGACCUCGUCGGAUCCGAUCCCGCCGUCGGGUGGAGCCUACCUGGUCGAGUCGAAGAAUACGAGGAGACGAUGCUGUCUACGCUGCGCUAUUUCUUCAAGCUCCUGCACUGGAAGCUCAAGAGCCCAAGCAAAGCGAUCUACUUCAAGGAGACCGAGAUCGUCGAGAAGGAGUGGGGUUUCCUCAGCAUUGUCACGGAGCAGAUUGAAGGGGGUGACCUGCUCGUCGGGGAACAUUUCAGCACCUUAACACAUCGAUUGCUCGUGCGCGUUAUGAGCUACUUUGAGACGCAAUUACAAGUUCUCGAGACGAGGGACAUGUCCCCACAGGAAACGCUGCGAUGGUUCAGCCAGACGUUGGACAACGUUCGAGCCCGGCAUCGCAAGCUGCUGCGCUUUGGCAAGUGAGUAUUUUCCCCAAUCACUCCCGUCCAGACCGAGAUCUUGGUAUGCUUGAUAAAGUUGGCACUGAUGACCCAUAAUUCUUCUCUCAUUCACCUACAGGACCAUGUUACAGCGCUUCGAGAACAGUGCCGAAUACCUUCUUGACGACAUUGAUCUCACAGCGUUCAUCAACGGUCUUGCCGAUUCACACCACUUCAUGGUCUACACCGGCACCUUUGAGCGGGACGGCAUCUACAUCGUCGGCGAUCCCUCGAUGCAUGAACGGCCUGAGCUUGUGCAUGCCAUCUUGGCCCGAUGUUUCAGCAGCACCACCCAGGGCGAUGCUCAAGGUGUGCUUGAGGCAGACUACGACGACCAGAUGCACUACGUCUUACUGCUUUCGCCACGUGACCCUUUCCUCUGGACCGGUCGGAUCAUGAAUCUCGAGCUUCCUCGCAUGGAAUUCGACCUGCGAGAGAAGCGCGUACGCCUCGUCUCUGAUGGCCCUUCGCUGCGCCUCGCUCGAUCUAAACAAACCUUUACAGACAUCUUUCCCCGUUUCGCUCGCUCGGUCAUCUUCGAGCAGAAAGCGCAUCUCGCUCGGGUCAGUCGCGAGAUCAAGAAGAUUGGACGCGCCAUCUUCCGUUUGGCCGAAACGAUACUAGGCUCGGUCGACCGUGUUCGUGCCGUCUCAGCGCGGAGGCCCGAGCAAGGUCAACAGGAGCUUGUGGGCAAUUACUUCACCUUUGCUGCCGAUCUGGGCAAUCGCAGCAUCAAGUAUCUGGAGCCCGCGGUGAGAAGUCGCUACGUACUGAUGCUGAUGAAGUUUGCGAUCGCAUGGGUCGCGUUCAUCUGCGACGACUGCGUACCGACCGAUCCGCGGACGUUCAAGUGGGCGGUCGCAGCAUUGGAGUUUGCUCAGUCCAUCACGAGGGGCGAGAACAUUCUCAAGUUCAGUGCGGAGGAGUUUGCUCUGCUGAGGACCAAGGUCGCGAGCUGCAUGACUUUGCUCAUCUCUCAUUUCGAUAUUUUGGGUGCGAGGUCGAGCCAGGAAGCCAAGAAGGAGCAGGAACGUAUCGAUGCGGCACGGAUUGAGAUGAAGGAGCAGCUCGCGUUGCGCUUCGCGCAACUCAAGAAGACGCGGGGCACACAAUCUGAAGCGACGGACGAACUUGAAGUGGGUGAUCAGGUCGGACGAAGUGGGGAUGAUGAGGAUAGCGUGGGAUCCCUGCAGAUGGCGUGGGACAAACGUAUCGAAGCGCUAGCCCAAUUGGACGAGCUGCGCGUCGCGGUCCAGACUUCGAACCGUGUUGUGGGGCGCGUGUUGGAUCAAGAACGCGCCGAGGACAGUGCCCUUGCCUUUCUGGCAUCGUCGUCUUCAAACAUAUCCAUCCGCUGGCAACAAGGCAAAUUCAUCGGUGGAGGCUCUUUCGGUACGGUCUACCUCGCCGUCAAUCUCGACUCGGGGCAAGAGCUGGCGGUCAAAGAGAUUCGCUUCCAAGAUCUUGCUUCGGCACCCCAUUUGGUCAAGACCGUGCGGGACGAAAUGAAAGUCAUGGAAAUGCUCCGACACGACAAUAUCGUACAAUACUACGGCAUCGAAGUCCAUCGCGACAAGGUCUACAUCUUUGAAGAGUACUGCCCCGGUGGUAGCUUGGCGAACUUGCUCGAGCACGGCGCAAUCCAGGACGAAAUCAUCAUCCAGAUUUAUGCCUUGCAGAUGCUGAACGGCCUCAUCUAUUUGCAUGCGCAAGACGUCGUUCAUCGGGACAUUAAGCCUGACAGUCAGUCGCUACUUGAUUCUCGCUCUGGCCCGCGUGGUCCCUAUUCGUAACGAGCACUGAUCAAUGAACCACCGCUACUCCAGAUAUCUUGCUGGAUGCCGAUGGAACGAUCAAGUUCGUCGACUUUGGAGCCGCAAAAGUUCUCGCGAAAGGCCAGAAAACGAUUGCCAGUCGAUCCCGAAUGUCCACGGGUGGAGGGGCUGCCGGCGCCGACGGUGGCUUAGCCGUUCCAGGCGCCGACCAGAAUUCCUUGACGGGGACGCCAAUGUAUCUUAGCCCCGAAACAGUCAAAGGAGAACGUAGGGGUAAGAAGGGAGCGAUGGACGUUUGGGCGGUAGGCUGCGUCAUCUUAGAAUGCGCAACAGGCCAUCGCCCUUGGAGCAAUCUUGACAACGAGUGGUACGCUAUGUAUUCCCUGCACUUUUUUCUCGCGGUUAUGUGUGACAAGCUGACCCGGCAAUCGACUUACCAACCCCGGAUCGAAGGGCUAUUAUGUUUCACAUCGGUAUCGCGGUUCAACACCCCCCUCUGCCCGACCCGUCACAACUUUCUGAGCUCGGUAUCGAUUUUAUCCGUCAAUGCUUGACGAUCGACCCCGACGAUCGGCCAUCGGCAGCUGAGAUGAUCCACCACCCUUGGAUCACGAUGGCUCUUGAGCAGCUCAGCGAAAUGAACGAGACGGAGACCCCCCCGGUGACCGCAUCGUCAUCGAGAUCAGGGUCCGCCUCGAGUGGAAGUCUUAGAAGCUCGCUGGGUACAAGCUCGCUUUUGAGUCGCAACACCUCAAUCGCUGAAGAAGAGGAAGAUGACCGGGCGCUGUCGAUGGACAGCGCGGGCAGCCAGGCGACCGAUGACUGGGUCGAGGGCGUCGACGAGGCCGUCGCCGAGGGGAAAGCCGAGGCCUUGGAUGAUGCCGAGCAGCAUUUCGCGCAUCAGGCUGAGCUGAGCAGCGUGGCCGAGGAGUAG